GAAAACCAACUGCUGGAGAGAGCCAAGCUUCCUUAGCAACCUCCUGUGGCUUUUGAAAUCUGAGGGGGAAAGACUGUUCUCAGCAGUUAGUGGAGGAGAGCUCCCAUGCCUCAGGAGGAGCAGGCUCCCAGGAUGGGCACCCCACCCCCUGGAGAGCCCUUAGAUAAGCAAAAUGAACAACUGCAAAACCAGGAAGAGGAGUUUAAAGAAUUGGACGAUCUGAGGGAAGCCUUGGCAAACCUCCGGGGCCUGUCUGAGGAAGAAAAGAGUGAGAAGGCAAUGCUUUGCUCUCGCAUCCAAGAGCAGUCCCAGCUCAUCUGCAUCCUGAAGAGGAGGUCAGAUGAAGCCCUGGAGCGCUGCCAGAUCCUGGAGCUGCUCAACGCAGAGCUAGAGCAGAAAAGGAUGCAGGAGGUCGAGAAGCUGAAGGCUCAGCGCGAACAUGCCCAGAAGCUGGAAGAACGAUUUCUGACCCUGGCAGCCAACCACGAGUUGAUGAUCCGCUUCAAGGACGAACACAAGAAUCAGAACAUCAAAUUGACAGCAGAGAAUGAGAAGCUGAGGUUGGAGAACAGCAGCCUCUUCAGCCAAGCUCUACAAGAUGAGAAGGCCAAAGUAUUGCAGCUUACCACCCAGAGAGAGGCCCUCACCAAGGAGCUGGAGGCUGUGAAACAGAGGUGUGCACAGGAUGCCUGCCGGGCACAGGCCCGAGAGAAGGAGCUGCUGGAGCUUCAGAACCAGCAGGCCUGUGCCCACACCAAGGAGAGAGAGCAGCUGCGCAGCCAGCUGCAAAGCCUCAAGCAGCAGCACCAGCAGGCCGUGGAGCAGAUGGCGAAGGCCCAGGAGGCCCAUAGCACCCUGAGCCAGGAACUGCAGGCCAGGCUGCAGACUGUCACUCGUGAGAAAGAGGAUUUGCUGCAGCUGUCCAUGGAGAGGGGCAAGGUACUUCAGAACAAACAGGCAGAGAUCCGCCAACUUGAGGAGAAGUUGGAGAUAGCGGAUGUGGCCAGGAGGCAAGCACUAGAUCGGUUUGAGCAAGAGGCUGUGGCGGUAGACAGCAACUUGAGAGUUCGGGAGCUUCAGCGCAGGGUGGCUGAGAUCCAGAGAGCCUAUGAUGAACUCAAGCUGCAGUCAGAAGCCUUCAGAAAGCACAGCCUGGAUCUUUUGAGCAAGGAGAGAGAACUCAAUGCCAAACUUCGCCAUCUCUUUCCGUAAGGAAGCUUCUGCUUCCUCUGGCCUCUGAUUUCAGAGGUGCCUUACUGUUACUGCAAGAGUAAAGACGAUAUUCCAUUUAUUAUACUUUCAAGCACAAAAGGCAACUCAAAGAAAAACUACUUUACUAUGA